ACCCGCCUGCCAUGUCCCGCUUUGUUGCUGUCUGGCUAUCGCUGGCGGUGCCCCUCGCACCCCUCGCUUUCGCAAGUCCUCUCUCCACAUCACCUUAUCAUGCACCCGCACGGACCCACCUGUCCGUCGCACCCCUCCAUGUCGAAGACCACCCCCACGGCACGAUCGACAACUCCUAUAUCGUCGUGCUGAAGGAGGACGUGUCCCCCACGUUGAUGGACAACCAUCUCAACUUCUUGCAGAUGGCUCAUGCCUCAGACUCCCUCCUCGGGGACUCGGUGGCUGACGGUCUCCGUCAUAUCUAUGAUGGCGGACUCAAGGGAUACGCAGGCGAGUUCACAGAGGGCGUUGUGGAACAAAUCCGCAGGAUGCCCGAGGUUGACUUCGUUGAGAAGGACCAGGUCGUCCGCGCGACAUACUUCAACGAGACUAUCAUCGAACAGAAGGGCUCUCCCUGGGGUCUUGCGCGGAUAAGCCAUCGACCCAAGUUGACUUUCUCGACUUUCACAAAGUACGUCUACGAUGACGUGGCAGGAGAGGGCGUAGACGCCUAUAUUAUCGACACCGGUAUCAACGUCGCGCACGAAGAGUUCGGAGACCGCGCAGCCUGGGGAUACACCGUGGUUCGCGACGAUACGGACUCUGAUGAGAACGGCCACGGUACUCACUGCGCUGGCACUAUCGCUUCUGACAAGUAUGGCGUUGCUAAGAAAGCACGAGUGAUCGCAGUCAAGGUUCUCGGCUCAAACGGCAGUGGUUCCAUGUCCGACGUCAUUGCUGGAGUAGAAUGGGCGCGCAAAUCAGCUCUCGAGAAGGCCAAAGAAGCGCGUGCCGAACGUGCUGCAACUGGAAAGAGCAAGCACAAGGGUUCCGUCGCAAACAUGAGUCUUGGAGGUGGUAAAUCGAACGGUUUGGAAAUCGCAGUGAACAGGGCUGUCGACCAGGGUAUCCACUUUGCUGUCGCUGCCGGUAAUGACGAUCGCGACGCUUGCAAAUACUCUCCCGCCGGUGCCGAGAAAGCAGUCACCGUCGGCGCCUCCACUCUCGGCGAUGAAAGGGCCUACUUCUCAAACUACGGCAAAUGUGUGGAUGUGUUUGCUCCUGGUCUCAACAUCCUGUCCACCUACAAGGGCAGCCGUCAUGCGAUCGCUACUUUGUCGGGUACCUCUAUGGCUUCUCCCCAUACUUGCGGCCUCAUGGCGUACUUGCUCUCGAUAUAUCCCUCCGCAACAUUCAACCCAACGUUCUUAAACGAUGCUGAACCCUCAGAAUGGAACGACCGGUAUGCUUCGAUAUACUCCAUCGCGUACACGGUGCUUCCUCGCUGGAUCGUGGCCUUCCUCCCGCCGCCCCAAUUCCUUGCGCCUAUUCCUUUGGAUGACGUUACCAUCCUCUCACCCAAGGCCCUCAAGCAGGCACUCCUCGAGCUGUCCUCCAAAGGCCUUAUCAAUGACGUUGGUGAUCAAAGCCCCAACAAGCUCAUCUUCAACAACGCCACAUCGUAUUAGAGCCAGGAUAUACGUCCGCAUCUAAUUAGUCUUUCGUGACUGCGCCCAGUUGGCUGUACUCCAUAUGUUCAUGUACUAUAGUCUUGACAAUGCUAUCUAUCGAUCAUAUACUUUUGCGACAGUUAGCCCUGUCU